AUUCGGUUGAACCGAUCGCAUGUGGAGACUUUGGAGGAAAUUUUCCGUCGGGUCCAUUUUCGGGAAUUGGAUUUCGAAGGCACAUAUUUGGACGACCAGUCCGCUGUGGCUCUGUUUGACAUGCUGUUGCACUACGAGACUUGUCAUGAGUUGCACAUCUCCCUCAAUUUGGAUAAAUUUCAUCCCAGUUUGGCUUGGGCACGUUGUGUGACGUUUAUGCGCCGAUCCGGUGAAUUGCGUCGUUUCGCUCUGAGCCAUACUCCACUCACAAUCGGAAAUUUCCUCGGAUUAAAUUUCUUCGGACUCUGUCUGAAUGGACUCUCUCUACGAGACUGUAAUCUGUCCGGUCAGGCCCUUUUCGGCUUAGUCCGUUGGCUUCGACUCCUCCUUUCCUCGGCUAGCCUUGAUCCCCCCAGUCGGGACAGAUCUGGUGGGUCUACCGGCAACAGCACCAAUGGUGGUUCACGAACCGGAUCUCGUCGUUCUUCCGGUGGUGGCUCAGUGGUACGGCGUAGUCAUCUGUGGCGUUCAGUGCUCACUGUGAAUCCGGAAACUGGGAUGCGUCAACCUUCUGUUUGGGAACUGAGAUUAGAUGUCGCCCAGAACCGGCUCAACGCAGCAGACGCGGAAACACUACUGGCGUUGAUACGACAUCAACUGCUUGUGCCACAAAUUCCUCCCUCGGAUGUACCCGCAUCCACUAGCCCCGAUUCAGAAAAACCCAGCCAAUUGGACCAUAGCAUCACGAGUGAGGAAACGGGUGGUUUACGGAAGGAAUGGCUUCCAGUUGGUGGAAUCGGGUUUUUAUCCAGUCUGGACUUGUCCAAUAACUCACUUGGGGACGAUGGUCUACGGGUAAUCUGUACCGGUCUGUUGCAAUCCUAUCGUACUCGACUGCGUGACUUGCAUGCCGAGGUUGCUCCAGUGACAGGCGAAGAAGCCCAAGCUACUGACGAUUCAGUUAGUUGUUCCACUCCCGGAAGUCCAAACAACAGCUCACAAAUCCCAAGUGGGGAUGAAAUAGUUCGGGAGCCUUUGCAGACCUGUGUGCGUGGUCUGGAGCGUCUGUCAGUUGCAAACAAUAAUCUUACUGCCGGUGGGAUGCAAGCCAUGGCUCUGGUCUUGAUGCAAACCCCAAUCAGUCUGGUGGAACUGGUUGGAGGUCUGGUCAGUUUGGAUUUGAGCAAUAAUCCGGGCAUUCGAGAUGAGGGUGUCGAGUUGUUGUGUGACGGCCUAAUUCGUAAUCACAGCUUGAGAGAGCUGUACUUACGAGCAAUUCGAAUGUCAUUCUCCGCGCGAUGCGCAAAACGCUUCAACUCGAUUGAUCUACCAAACCGCAACCUUGCGGGCUACGCUUUGGCUACCUGA